AUGUCAACGAAGAUGGCUCUGAAUAUACUUCGGAAUAUUCCCCAGUUUUCUUCAAAGUUGUCAGCUUCCAAGUGGCUUCCCCUUUUGCUACAAAAUCGUAAUACAGUCAUCUUGAAGCGAAAGUGGCCCGUUCUUUUUGCAAAAGAGGGACGUGUGCCUAUCCUCAAGUACAAAAACAAGGUCUAUGAAUUAGAGGAAAACACUUGUGCAACGAAACUACCAGACAUUGAGUGCAUCCUGACACAAGACAUUGAUGGUAUUGGCUACAAACAUGAACUUGUGAGUGUGAAAAGAAAAUUAUUUAGAAAAAUCCUUUAUCCUGCUGGAAUGGCAAUGUAUGCUUCUCCUGAAAAUAUAAAAGAGUUUUUAAGUGGGGAAAAACCUAAGCGCCUGGGAUCUCCCUGGGCUAGAAUCGCAAUGGACACCCUGUCCACCAUGUUUUUAGUCAUACCAAUGAGUGGUGACACUCCAUGGACAUUGACAGCCAAACACAUCAAAGUGGCCUUCAGGCUGGUUGGUGUGGAAAUCACUGAGGAAGCAAUUCUACUUCCUGAAGAACCAAUCACAGAACCUCAAGAAUUGGAAUUCCAAGUAACGAUGAAUGGAAUGGAAAACGUGACUGUGAAAAGUUUGAUUUUGUUAAAACAUAAGGAUGCAACGAAAGAUACGAUUCCACCUAAUCUUCCACCAACUUUCAGAGAAACAUCCAAGAAAAAACUAUGGGCAAGUUAA